AAUUGCCCUAUCUCUGGUAAGAUUUCACUUCACAUAUGAUUUCCCUAAAGGAAGACCAAUAUAAGACAAUCCAAACAGAACUGGUUGUGAAAGGAGAUACUGGAAAAUAAUUCAGAAAGUGUUUCUAGGAGCUCUGGUAGCUUUGAAUGCUGCAGAGUGCUGGACUGAACUAACAAUCCAACCUGAGCUGGUGACCUUUGCACUCAGGAUGUGAUUUCAUUUCUACGUUUCAGCAAAUACCCAGGAAUGACCGAUUUGAAGAGUGGCUUUCCAAAUGUUCCAGAAUGUUAUUGCAGUUCUUAGAAAGAAAGGUUUGGGAAGACACCUUAGCUCACAAGUAUUGCAGAGCUGUUAAUAGAAUUCAGCAUGUCUUUUGCACAGCAGAUUUUAUGUACACCAUUUUCAUACUGUUGAGUUUGUGUGAGGAUAAUUUUGAAUUUCCAGAAUAAUGAUUUAUCACGUAAAAUAUAUUCCUGAAGUUUUGUAUAUAUCAGAAUACUCACAUUCAGAUUCCAAGAGUUUUAUGCACUAGUAAAAUGUGUAAGUAGUCUUUAAUAGUAUUUCUAGGAUUAUUAAUAGUUCAUAUUUCAGUGACUUUAAUAUAAACUUAUGUAACAGCUGUAUGAUACUUGUUCUUACUUAUCUGUCCAUUUUUAACAUACGAAGAAUGAGACCUAAUUCUCCUUUUCUGUGGGAGAAGCCAAUUUCCGAAACUUGAAAAAUGAGGACCAGUAUAUUUGAAUGAAGGCUGUCAAGAGGCAUAACUUGACUAAAAUGUGGUUUAUGAAGAUCAUUGAUGAAAGAGAGAAGAAUUUGGAUGACAGGGCAUACCGUAACAUCCAGGAGCUUGAAAAGUAUGCUGAGAACACUCAGAGUGCUCUCUUGUACCUCACCUUGGAAAUGCUGGGUGUGAGGGAUGUCCAUGCUGACCACGCAGCCAGUCACAUCGGGAAAGCACAAGGCAUAGUUACCUGUUUAAGAGCAACUCCGUAUCACUGUACAAGACAAAAGGUCUUUCUUCCCAUGGACGUUUGUAUGUUGCAUGGAGUUUCACAAGAGGAUUUCCUAAGAGGAAAGCAAGAGAAAAAUGUGAGAGAUGUAAUAUAUGACAUUGCCAGCCAGGCCCAUAUUCAUCUAGAACAUGCUAGAUCUUUCAGUAAGAAAGUUCCUGUGAAGGCAUAUCCUGCUUUUUUCUGUACGGUCGCUUUAGAUGAUUAUUUAUGUAAUGUGCGAAAAGUGGACUUCAAUAUAUUUCAUCCAAGCUUACAAAGAAAGAGUGCAUUAUUACCAUUGCAUUUAUAUAUUAGAUCUUGGAAAAAAAUAUAUUAAAGGUUUGGGUUUUUU